CAAUAUUUAACACAAAUCUCUCAGAGUCAGAGCAGCAACGCUCUGAAUUGAAUUCCAGCCCCCAACCCCCAAAAUUUCGAUGAAACUCCUCCACGAUUUCGGGUCCUGCUGCUCCCGGUCCGCGACGGCGGUCGCAGCGCCGCCACCGGCGGAGGAAAAGCGCUCGGCUGCCGUCGUUCCCCUGUUAGAACACUAUUAUCGCGAUGGAAACGGCGGGAGCUCCUGCAACAAGCUGUCGAUCACGAGAAGCGCGUCUUCAUCGUGGGCGGCGCACAGCUGGCGGCCUGCUCUGUCGGCGAUAUCGGAAGAGAGUCCCGUAGUGUCGUUCGCCGGCGACGCAACGAGAAUCGUGAGAAAGGGCGCGGCGGAUAGGGGAACGAAACCGUUACAGAAGAAAACGGCGUCGGAUAGAAGAGGAAAAUCCAAUUCCCCGGCGAAGCCCAAGAGCAGCAGUUACUGUCAUCUUCAGAGGGACAACUCUGCUUCUUCUUCUUCGUCGCCGAUGGUGAUGGCGUCGUUCUCACCGGCGCCAUUUAUGUUCUGAUUGAUUGAUCUCUGAUCUUACCAGUGAGAGAAUUAAUUGUAUAUGAUCGUUGUAUUGAGAUGGAACAGAAGAAUACAUAUAAAUUGUUGCGUAGAGAAUUGGGUU